AUGGAGGAGCGGAAGCUAAAGAGAAAAAGUACCAGGAGUACGUCCACCAACCCGGCGGCUCCGACCAGCGGCUCUGGCCGGAAAAACAGCGCUUCGUCCGGGGGACGGCACGUCGGUUACAGCCAUACCACAGGGACGCACUCCAGCCAGAAGAGCAAGCGGAGGGGAGCCAGAGAUAAACCCAGAUAUCAUCAGGGUUUAGGGGGUAAAGCGAAUCAGAAUCAGGGCCAAGCAGCACCCAUCAUCCAGCACUCCUUCCUGACUGAUGUCUCAGACGUACAGGAGAUGGAGAACGGUCUGCUCAGUCUGCUCAACGACUUCCACUCAGGGAAACUACAGGCUUUUGGUAAUGAGUGCUCUAUCGGACAGAUGGAGCAUGUGAGGGAGAUGCAGGAGAAGCUGGCCCGUCUACAGUUUGACCUCUGUGGGGAGGUGGAUGAAAUGCCCGAGGAGCAGAGGAAGGUGGCCCGUGAUACCAACAUGGACAAGCUACUAUUUAAUCUUGAGGAGCUGAGUUCUUCCAUUCAGAAGCUGAAUCUCGCCGACACUCAAGAGAUCCCGAAGACUGCCAGCAUGUGAUUCUUCUCCUCUUGAUGCCACCUGAUCCAACAGUUGUUUUAAUUUCUGCCACCUGCAGGGCCAGCAGUGGAUGGGGUGGAGUGUAACCCAGCUUGCAGACACUUUCUUUGAAGUUUUAUGACAGAAAUGGCACCAGAGCUGUUCAUCCACGGUCCUUGUCUCUGCAGGGGGAUUGAUGCAUUGUUCGGUGGCGGACAGGGAUGCACCGACAGCAUCACUUCUGUAAAGUGGUUCAUAUAGAGGGCCAGUCUCAUCGGAUCCAAGGUGCAAUAGUGAAUUUUUCUUUGAUUGUCAGAGUUAUUGGUGUCAGUAAAGUCUAUGAGACUUUAAGCGAACAGUAUUGUGUAUUUUACAGUUUGACUUUGAUGCAUCCCUGUUACGGCUGUUCUACAUCAGGCACUAAUUCUCUGUCUAGAUUUGCAAUACGUUGCUAACCAAAGUGAUUGUGAUCACCCAAAAGUGAAAUUACUGCAAACCUACUGUUCACUUGUGUCUAACAUCACAAAGAUCUAGAUCUCCAGUGUUCCAAACAUCCAUUUAUUUAUAGUAGUUUCUCAACAUAUAGCUUUUAAACACAAGUGUAUAUCUUAUCUGUGAGAUGCUAAAAAUACCGACACGCAAAAAUAUACAUAUAUGGACAUACACUACCGUUCAAAAGUUUGGGGUCACUCAGACAAUUUCAUGUUUUCCAUGAAAACUCACACUUUUAUUCAUGUGCUAACAUAACUGCACAAGAGUUUUCUAAUCAUCAACUAGCCUUUCAACACCAUUAGCUAACACAAUGUAGCAUUAGAACACAGGAGUGAUGGUUGCUGGAAAUGUUCCUCUGUACCUCUUUGGAGAUAUUCCAUUAAAAAUCAGCUGUUUCCAGCUAGAAUAGUCAUUUACCACAUUAACAAUUUCUAGACUGUAAUUCUGAUUAAUUUAAUGUUAUCUUUAUUGAAAAAAAAUGCUCUUCCUUCAAAAAUAAGGAUAUUUCUAAGUGACCCCAAACUUUUGAAUGGUAGUGUGUAUAUAUACAUAUAUCCCCCCUGAUUAAAAAUCUUUAAAUCAGCCAAACAAUGCCAUGUAAAUGCACAGUAAUUUAGUAGAGUGGUUUUGCAUUUGAUUUCUUGCUGCACGUUUGCAGCCUGAUAGCACCUCCAACACGUUGUUCAGUGUUGAAUAUAUUUGCACAUAUCCAUGCAACAUGAGAACCCAUUGCACAUGAUCACUGGUGUGUUGCUUUGACGCUGGGAAAGACUUAAUCCAAAUGUCGACCUCACGACCAUGCCUUAAUUUUCUUUGUAAUUUAAUCAUUUUUGCCUUAUUGGUUCUAAACCUUUUGGUGAUUUCCAUAGUUUGUGAUGAUUUUAGGUCGUGGCGUUUUAAGAGAAUCACUUGAUGCUGCUUUGAUUGUAAAUCCUGUUUUAUUUUGCCACUGCUUACUUUAAACUAGUGUUGUUGUGGGAUGUGGGGUGUUUCACUGUUAACUUUGAUUUUAACUUAAUAAAUGUGUUUGUCUGAA